UUGAUUUUGCAUUAAGUUUUGUAAAAAGGAGCUAAAGAGAAGCUGGCCUGGCAUUGGCCUUUUUUCAUGGUUCAAGAAAAGCACACACACAGAUCUUCUUCUUCUUCUUCUUCUUCUUCUUCGUCCAACAAAAACCCUAAUUCUGUGUCAGGUUAAUUAGUUGUUACAGAGAGAGAUCAUCCAUGGAGUCGGAGAGAAGCCCUAAUUCCGUCACCAAAGCCGACAGGAAGACCGUCGAGAAAAACAGGAGGAAUCACAUGAAAUCCCUCUGCUCCAGCCUCAGCUCUCUCAUCGUCCCCCCAAAUCCACCCACAUCGUCGUCUAGGGAAGGUUGUGGAGUUUCUUCGAUCCAAGACCAGGUGGAAAGCGCGACGCACUACAUAAGGAGGCUGGAGGAGAAGGUGGAGAUGCUCAGGAACAAGAAGACUGACCUUCAGAAGAGUACAGCUGUCGUCUCCGGCGCCGGCAAUAAUAAUAAACUAAUUAUUCCGGCGGCCAUCGACGUCGACGUCAGCGUCGACGCGGAUUUCGUCAUUAAGGUUGCUUUGAUGACAGACUUGAACAGCCAUCAUUCCGUCUUCAUGGAAGCUCUCCGAAUUCUGAGUCAAGAAGCCGCUGCACAAAUCCUCACUGCUUCCUACUCAGUCACUCCCCACCUCGUCUUCCACACCAUUUAUGCAAACAUUGAAGAUGGGUCUGGAGAGGACAGCCAAGAAUCAUUAGCUGCAAGGAUUUCUGAAAGACUAAGGAGUUUUGUGCAUGGGAACAACAUCAUCAAUUAAUUAAUUAAUCGAUCGAAGCAAUAUUGUAUUUCUUGAAGUCAAUUGAGCCCUCGAUGUGAUUUGAUCAUGGGCUCGGAUAUCUGUAUGCAUGUUUCUGUUUGACGAAUGUAUUUCACAAACUCUAUUAUAUGAUAUCUCUCUUGUCUCCGUAACAAUAUUCAUUUUA